AUGACAGAUUCAGCGGGGACCCUGGAUGCUGUGGACAUCGUGGUGUUCUGCAUCCUCACAGCUGUCGGAUACGUCGUCGGCCUCUACUUUUCCUUCAAUGGUCGACGGAGUCAGGUUGGAGUUGGUGACCGGAGCGGAACGUCGGCCGUUCUGGACGCAUUUCUUGGUGGUCGCAGUUUGCCGGCUGCCGCGCUAGCCGUGUCCGUGCUUGCAUCAGUGGCCUCCUCGGCGAGCGUGGUGAGCUUCGUGGGCCACUACUACGCGUACGGAUUCCACGUCGAGUGGGCUCUGACGGCGAUUCCGCUUGCUGCAGCCACGUGUUCGUUCGUCCUCGUUCCCCUUCUCUACGAUCUGCGAGUGGCGUCUGUUUUUCAGUACCUUCGCAUGCGCUUCGACAACAAGGUGGGUAUCACUGCUUGCGUCGUCUACUUCGUCCUCAGUCAAAGCGUCGGUGCAAUCGGAAUGUUCAGCUCUGCCAUUGCAGUGUCUACAAUGUUUCCUGUGCCACUUAUUUACUCGAACAUGGCGAUCGGUUUGGCAGGAACGAUCUAUACUGCUCUGGGAGGUCUUCGUGGAGUUGUUUGGGCUGAUUGCGCUCAAGCUGUCGUCAUGGUCAUGUCACCCAUUGUCAUCAUUGGAAAAGUCCUCUACGAUUCGACCAUUGCUACGCCACCACUGCGUCCCAUCAGCGAUAUAAACAUCACAGACUUAGCGUUCCGGGUGACCUUGGACCUAACAAAUGAGGAAAACGUCUGGAGUGGGCUGGCGGGAGCAGUGCCGUUCAGCCUCGUCCGAACCGGCUUCGACCAGAUGGCGGUGCAGAGGUUUAUGGCUGCUCGGACACUGCGGGACGCAAAACGAAUAGCCCUUGCGGGACCUCUUUUUGUGCUGGUUUUCUUCUUCCUUGGAGAUUGCACAGGCAUAGCCAUGAUUUACUGGUUCCGAGACUGCGAUCCACUUCUGCGUGGCGCCAUCCAAAGUUACGAUCAGAUUAUUCCUCAUUAUAUGAUGACAAACCUCGCCGACAUGCCCACGCUCAGAGGUUUAUUCUUGGCUGGACUCGUCGGAGCGUCAACAAGCACCGUAUCAUCGAUUGUGAACUCCCACGCAGCGAUAUUUUACAUCGAUGUAAUCACACCUUACGUCAAGAUAAGCGAGCAGAAGACUGUCAUCGUGAUGCGCCUACUAGCUUUCACAAGCGGCACUAUAAUGACAUUGUGCGCAAUCGCUCUUCCUUAUUUUGGCACCGCAGCACGGGUACGUACGACGGUUCAGUACACUUGAUUGUACAGGCUCGGAUCAGGGUAGCCAGGUUUCUAAGAUUAAACGUGCAAAUCAGCUGUUAUUCUAUCGACGUUGUAAAAGAAGCCAGCCACACAUGAGCGCCAUAUGCAAUUGAAGUCUGCGAGUAUUAUAAGGUCAAAGAACAUUCCACUUUCAUUAUCGUUUCCUUAAUACUUGGCACCUUGAAGAUCUAAAGGGAGAACGUAAAAAAAAAAAAAAAAAAAAAAAAAAACCUUCCAAGCGAUGAAGAAAAACGUACUUAAUAACGAAUCGGCCCAUAUGUAGCCCUGUUGUACUACCACUUGAGAUGUGCUAUUCAGCGGCUCAAAUCUUUACAAACUUGCGCAGUGAACGAAAGAAAUAAGAACAGUGCCUGAAUAUCCUUAAUACAACAAAUCUACGUCUUCAAGGUAACUCCUUUAAGACGCAGCUUUUAUUACUUCUCUAUGACCCGUUCUGGUAGUGUGGCCAUGGUGUGGCACUGCUUAGCACGAGGCCGCAGCAUCAAUUCCCACGGCUGUGGCCGCAUUUCAGUGGUAGCGAUAUGCAAGAACGGCCAUGUACAAUACAUUGGGGGCAUGUAUUCAACCUCAAGGUGGCGAAAACAAUCCCGAGUCCCCAACUACGGCGUGCCUCAUAAUGAAAUUGGGGUUUUCACUUGCAAAACCCCGGAAGUUAAUUCAUUUUUUUUUUCUUUGCCGGGGACGUAACGUGUCUAAUCGGUGGACUUCUCGCCGCGACAGGGAGCAGAUUCCGGAGACACUGAAAUUGUGAACUAGGCAAACGCGGGCUACGGUGUAGUUAAAAUUUAUUUUCACCCAAGAGAAAGUGUAA